AUGACUAAAUGUAACACCGACUGUUCUUCAUGUGGUCCAAAGGAGACUGCAACUUGCAAGUGUGCACCAGGUACCUGUACCUGUGCAGAUUGCCACAACUCAGCCCACCACAAAGAAUGCUCUUGCGGCGGCUCAGGCGACAACUGUGAAUGCACCCGCGCUGGCAAAGCGUGCACUUGCUAGAGUAACAUCUGGCAUAGAAAGCACAAACAGCAUUUUGUAAUUAUACUUUGUAUUCAUAGCUGUUGAAAUGUAAC